CUUGGUCGCCCGGCCCUGUCAAGAACAGGAACUUCCCCUCUCCUUUCUUCUUGUUUAUUUCGCAACAUAAAGCGGUCCAGCCCUCCCUAUUUUUUGCGACGAGCUGAUCGGCAAACCACCACCUGCUAUUACUAGCCUGCACAAACCGAGCAUUUAUCUCAACCGGCGGCAUCGAGCCCAGGGUAUCGUUGCGUUGCAAAAGGGGGAGGUCCAAGCCACAAAUCGAGCCUCUCUCCCCAGCUCCACUUAUUAUUAUUUUUUCUUGGUAGGCUUGGCUGGCUCCCCACCUCUCUCGACGACGGCUUGCUACUUCCGGCGCUCUACCACGGCACCUGUUGCCCGAAGCUUGGCACUUUCUGUACCUCGCUCGGCCACGAUCAUCCUGCUCGAUCUUUUCCUCAUACAUCUCGCUCGCUCGGCGUAGCAUCAGACCAUGACGAUUCGACCAUCCAAAAAGACGGCGGAAAAGGCCCAGGACGCGGCUGCGGCCAGCGCUGCUGCGUCGCCGCAAUCGGAUCAGGCGACCAUCACGUCGGCCCUGGCCGCUGAUCCAUCGCUGUCGGCCAACAAGGCCGCAAAACGGCUCUUUCCCUCGCCGCCCGCGUGGAAGCGUGGUGUGCUCCGGGGCAAGAUCAAGGAGCAGCUCGAGGAAGGCAGAGGCAGGCACUGGAACUGGCACAAGGGCGCCGUCCAUGAGGGCAAUGUCGAGCCGAGCGACGAAGAGCUGCAAGCAAUCAGGGAAAAGUAUGGCUACAAGUCUGAGAAAGACGGCGGCCCUGGCCGGCUAUUCAUGAUGAUGCUUGCCGAUGCGCUGCUGCCCCUGCCCAGGAAUCCAAUGUCGGGCGUCUGCUCGCCCCCGCUCCUGGCCACCACCGGCAUCGUCCCCUUCACCAUCUUCUCCACCGGGCCCGACAUCAUUCAACACUACGUUGACUGCAUCGUCGCCGCAAAGAAGGAGGUGAUCCUCCUGACAAACUACUGGCAGAUGGGCAAAAAUGUCGACCGCAUCGCCGAGGCCUUGCGGAAGCUCGACAAGCGCCAGGGACAACGAAGACUCGAGCGACAAAAGGAGAAGGGCGAGGGAUCAGCAGCAGCAGCUGGGGCCAAUGGCAACGCCAACGGCCACGCCGAGGACAAGCAACGCGAGGACAAAGCCGAGGAGAAGGAUGCGAGCCUACCAAAGCCGACGCUGGAGGAGCAGAUUGUCGUCAAGAUCAUGUGGGAUCGAGGGCCACAGACGCUGGCCGACCUGUUUCGACUGCGCAAGCAGGUGUACCCGUCGAUGUGGAAGGCCAACGGCCUGCCCCAGGAGCACGAGGUGCCCAACCUCUCCGUCGAGAUCCUCAACUACCACCGCCCCCUCAUGGGCACCUUUCACGCCAAGCUGCUCCUCGUCGAUCGGCAGGUGGCCCUCAUCAACUCCAACAACAUCCAGGAUCGACCCAACAUCGAGGCAUGCACUCGCCUCGAGGGCGAUAUUGUCAAUUCCGUCUACGAUCAUGCGCUCAUCUCCUGGGGCAACCGUCUCAACCCGCCGCUGCCCUGCAUGGCCUCGCCCGCGACCAAAGAUCCUCCCCAGUCGUCGUUUUCGACGAGCGCAGAGUCAAAUACAAGUCUGCCCAGGGUUACUGCCUCUCGUCUGCGCGAGAUUGCCCGUGCGGCUCGACUAAGGCUGCAGGAGGAGAAUGUCGAGACCGAAGACCUGGGCGAGAAGCAGCGCGAGGGCUGGAUGAUGAGUUCCGGUCCCCAGCGUCGCUUGAGCUUGGCCGAUGUGGUGGAGAACGUCAUGAAGGGACAGCACCACAGCAACGGCCACCCACCUUCGCCUGCAGCCGCCGCCUUUUCGACGUCGAAUCCGGCACCCAGCAUGACCACUGGUGCUCAAGAAGGUGGCAGUGAGAUGUCGCCCGCCGACCGGGACCGAGCUACGAGAAACGCUGGUGCCGAGUGGGCUCGCAAGGUGCUGGGUGAGCGCUUCUCCUCGCUCCAGAGUCCUUCCACGCCCACCGCCUCGGCGACACCGCCCGCGAAUGCCGAAGGUGCAAAUGGGUCUCCUCCGGCGGCCACGCAGCCAUCGUCGCCUCAGCACCGACGGCAAAGCUUUGCAGAUGUGGUUAAUAGCCUGAUGGAAAAGGAAGGUAUCAAGCCCGCCCUCUGGGCCGAAGGCGCUCUUGAUGCCUUUGGACUGGGUCCCAGCAGUAGUCGCAAUGUGGCCGACGAUGCGAGAAGGAGCAAGGGCCAGCGAAAAGACGCUGCCGCGAGAGGAAUCAAGGUGCCCCAAAGCGUCAAUGAGGAAGCUCCACUCAAUACCACGGCGCCACAAGGCGAUGGCAUCGAUCCCAAGGCGACAGACGAUGACAACACAGCGAGCAAGAAAGACGACGAAGACCCCAAACCCUUCGAAGUUGGCCUCCAGGACGAAGAAGAGAAGCAUGGCAAGUCGACGGGUCUGAAAGACUCGCACUAUUCGUUCCCCAGCUCGGCGAGCACUCAAGUGAAUGGGACGCAGAGCCAGGAAGAUGGCAAAUUGGCCACCAGCAGUGCGAUCGACGACAGCUCUUCGUCGACAUCAUCGCCGGAAGAACAGAAGCAAGGGGAUGUCAUGCUCGGAGGGGCACCGUCUGGCGACAAAAAGGAGGAGGCAGCAGCCGCUCCAGGCUCGCAGGCCUACCGCGCGGCCCAUCGGCGGACGCUCUCAAACUUGUCAAGGGCGUCUGCGUCGGAACGCCUAGCGGCCAUUACCAAAUCGCUAGACUUUGCCAAUCUAUCGCAGGUCAAGGGUGAGAUCACGGCCGAACAGCUGGCUGCCAUGGCUCAGCGCGGGGCUGCGCAGGUGUCGGGAGAGAAGGAAAGCAGCAUCUUGGACUUCAACCCGUACAUCUUCCACGCACCUCAUUCGCCCGUUCCCAUGGCCCUCGUCAACCGAAGGCCGCACGGCACACCGGGCCACUCCGACAUUCGCAACGCUCAGGAUGCCGCAUGGCUCGCGGGAUUCCGAUAUGCCAAGAAGCACGUCUUUGUGCAGAGCCCCACGCUCAAUGCUACGCCGAUCAAGCAUGCCGUCCUGCACGCCUGCCGGCGCCAUGUCCGCGUCGAGCUGUGGCUCGGCCUCGGCUUCAACGACAAGUCCGAGAGCAUGCCUUUCCAGGGCGGGACAAACGAGAGCGUCGUCACGCGCCUCUAUCGCCAGCUUCGCCGAGAGGGCAAGGGCGACGAGCAGUAUCUCGAGGUGUACUGGUACACGGGCAAAGACAUGACAAGACCACUAAAUGCGGUCCGCAAGCAGCGCAAUUGCCACGUAAAGUAUGCCCAAUUCGACGGCGAGGUGGCCAUCAUCGGCAGCGGGAACCAGGACACGCAGAGCUGGUACCACUCCCAGGAGAUCAACGUCAUGCUCGACGGAAAGACGAUUGUCGACGAAUGGGACAGGGGUCUGAGGCGCAACCAGAGCACGCAUCUGUAUGGCAAGGUCGACAAGGACGGCGUCUGGAGAGGCCAGACGGGCGAUCAGCGCGUCGACAAGGGCGGCGACUAAUAUCACUGCCACACCCCCGCACCCUUCCCCCAUCAUUGCAUACCACUCCUUUAUUGACAUUUGUUACUACCUACCCACCCUCCCUUGGUUUCUCUCUCGCUCUUCUCGCCACUCGGCUUUGCUCUCUAAUUUGAUUGACUCAAGGAACGGAAAAUGCAAGUGCUGACAUGUGCUG